ACGCUGGCUUCAGCGUGCCGAGACCUGGUCUACUGAUGGCUUUGACUUCCACAAUGGUUCCCCGUCGGAAUCUGGCAUGACAUCCUGGACAAAAUAGGCGCCCGCAUCUGCAGCAUGCCCUGUCACCUUUUCAGCUUGCUGCAGUCACCCGUCACAAGUCCUUGAUCUGCAAACGGACCGCCCUGGGAUGCGACAGCGCCUUGCGAGAGAGCCUUGUGCCAACAGACUUGGCUUGCUGCAAUAUUCAGCCUCACCUCUCGCAAUUGCUGUGAAGGUGUCAUGUGCGGCAAUGGUUCUUUCCGACUCGAGCAAGAUUGCCCUGCCCGGCGACCAGAUACUUAGUCUUCAACAGCGCCAUCAAUUCCCUGUGCGCUGAACCCAAACGCGCCUGCCUCCCAAUCGAGACUGCUAGAAUCGCAUCUCCCAAGGGCCAUACUCGAGAUAUCGCCGAGAAUCGCCAGCAACCCUGGUGAUCGUUCACGCAUCAAACAUGAGUGCAAGCUGGUUCGCUCCUGCACGGGCCCGCCGAGGCGACCCCGGUUCCUCGCAAACUCGAUUAGUCGCCUACCCAGAGCUUCCUUUGCGGUACAUGAACCAUGAGCAUGUCAGCAGGCAACCUCCUCCGGGGGGAAGAGGGGUUUUGGUGGCCGAUACCGCAGGCAGACAUGAGCUUGCAGCAUCCCGCGCUGAUGAGGUCUCUGUGAUAUCGACUUCGUUCUCCACCGUAGCCUCACUGGACACCGCAGACGUCAGCAGCAGCGACCCUUACAGCUCGCAAGAACGAGAAGAUGUCCCCGUGUUUGAGCAGGAUGCCAGCUCCGACGGCGAGUGCUUACCACCACACGAUCGCCGACUUGCUUCGCGUCUUGAUUCGUUCAGUUCUUCGACAUCGUCUUCAUACUCCGAUGAUCUGACAGUUGCAGAAUGGACAGAGGUUGGCAUUGAGGCUGAUCACGAAGUCGAGUUUCGUGCUUCGCAACUUGCUGCCUCGCAAAUAUCAUCAUCGCAAACCAGUGCCUAUAAGUUUUUGGCAUCUCAACCUGCACAAUCACAGCACGCAGGAUUGCAGCCUGGCGCAUCCCAGCUUGGAGCGUUCCGAAUCAUGGAUUCUCAAAGAUCUACAUCCCUAGAACCAGGAUCUCAACAAGCUCGAGCACACAUUGUCAAUUCCCAGAUUUCCCACGCAACUCAGCCGGGCUUGAUGUGCCAAAUGGAAGAGGCCAACAGCGAGGCAGACCUUGUUUUCCAGCAACUCUCCACCAUGUGGCCAUCGCUGCCUGAGAGUCUCACGAGUGCGCCUAUUGCUGUCCAGUGGGAAGUAAUGCGUGUCUUGCUACACUGCCAAGUCGACCCGGCUCAUUUCGAUUUGCGCUACCACAAAGACUGGCAGGACCAAAACAAGUUCUGGUCUGCACUGGACGACUGCCCACUACUGAGGCACUGUGCUCUCCCAGACAUGUGCGAACCAGAAGCCUACAAGUACGCCUUGAAUGGCUCUUGGGAGACUGGUGACAUUGCCGUGGCGCUCAUCUGCACAGCACGUUUGGCCGGCCCGGAAUGUGUGCCAUCGUUGUUACUUCACCCCCUGAAGCUCGAACAGAGCUGUCGACUAUUCCGGAAGUAUAGAUCGUCGCGAUUUCUCGAGGUCCGCAUUCCUGCUGUGGCAGGCUGGAAAGAGUUCAAGGUUGGGCAACAACAAAUCGAGACCCUUUUGGCUUCUUGGUUCACACGUAAUCCGCACAAGUUCCUUGGCAGAAGCUGGGCAGCAUUUUUCGUGAGAGAGGGUGCUCACGCGACGCCAGCUAAAGACAUCAGCAUAGUGGAAGAUAGGAAGAAGAACUUCCAGGAGAGAAUCAUGCUUUUCUCUGAACAGCCACGAACUCGAGUUGACGACAUGUUGAAUUGGCUUCUACGUUUUGACGCGAAUAAGGAUGAGCCGUUCUUGAAGCUGUACUCACGGAUAUCCCUUGCUCUCAGCAAAACUGCUCCAGUGCUCGUUCUCGGGCAAGACCAGAUCCAACACAAAAAUGAGGACAUACUUUCGCCGAAGAACAUAGUGAUGAACGAUGGCAUUGGGAGGGUGUCCCCAAGUCUGAUGAGCAAGGUCAAAGAGCAUCUCGGGCUUUCUGAGACACCCUCGGCUUUCCAGGCACGUUUGGGCAGCGCCAAAGGCAUGUGGAUUGUCGAUUUCACUGAUUCUAGUGGUGAGGACUGGAUAGAGACGUAUCCGUCCCAAAGGAAGUGGGAAUGUGACUGGCACGAUGAGGCGCACAGGACCCUCGAGAUCAAAGCCGUAUCAACCGCAUUGACGCCGGCCAGACUGAAUCUCCAAACACUGCAAAUUCUCUCAGACAGAGCUUCGGAUCGGGGUAUGCUCAGAGAAGUCCUUGGCGCGCGUCUGGAAGCCGGCCUGCGAGAAGAGUUCCGAGCGCUCCGAGAAGCCAACAAUCCUCUUCUUCUCAGGCAGUGGGCCAACGAGAAGGCGUCCUACUUCAGAGAGCUCUUCGAUCAUGACAAAUUAGGAGGGCUCCCAAACUCUAUCGAGGACCGCAUUGCUUUCUUGUUGGAUGCGGGUUUCGACCAGAGUCAGAAAUAUCUACAGAAGCUCAUCUACAAGUGUCAAAAGCAGAUGUGCGACAAGCUGAGAAACGACCUGAAGAUCACCAUUGGAAAAUCGACCUACGCCUACAUGACUGUGGAUUUCGCGGGCGUCCUUGGGCCGAACGAGGUUCACAUGUGCUUCUCUACCUUCAACGACGGUGAGAAUGAUAGACAUGACCUGGACGGUCGCGACAUCCUUGUUGGGCGUUGCCCAGCACAUUUACCCAGCGACAUUCAAAAGGUCAAGGCGGUUUUCAAGCCGGAGCUUCGACACUUGCGCGACGUUAUUGUAUUUCCCCAGUCUGGCAAUGCGCCUCUUGCAGACAAGCUGUCGGGUGGAGAUUAUGAUGGCGACCGCGCUUGGGUAUGCUGGGACGAGGAGAUUGUCAACAACUUCCAGAACAGCAAAGUGCCGAAGAAGCCAGACUUCACUCGCUAUUUCAAACAGGAUGCUACCUCAGUGAAAGACAUGCUAUACGACAAAGGCAAACGCCGAAACAGCAACCAUGCUGUCAGGAAGUUCCUCGAAUUCAGUCUGAGGUUGCGUUUCUUGGGAAUAUGCACAAACUACAAAGAGAAGCUCUGCUACAACAUAGGCAACAGUACCAACUACAAAGUUGUCGCAAUGAGUUGGCUCCUUAGCGAAUUGGUUGACCUACCAAAAAGGGGCCUAAUCUUUGGCGAGGCAGACUGGAUACGAUUCCGCGCCGAUAUCGUAGGGCCCAGGUUGGUCCUGAGCGAGCCCGAAUACAAGAAAGAAAAGCUAUCGCCCGGAGCCGUGUGCCGAAACAUCAUCGACUACUUGAAAUUCCCGGUGAGCGACAGGGUCAUAUCAAGCGAGCUCUCAGCGUUAUCCAAUCAGUACGAGACGUCAGGUGCGCUCUUCUACGACAAGCAGCUUUGCGACUUUUGUGACGAGUUUGAAAGGCGACUAUAUGAUCUGGAGCACUCGGGUGUCCUCCCAAAGGGAGUAUGCCUACAAUUCAUCAGCAGGUUGAAAACUGAGAUCAAACUCUGCUCUGAUCGCUGGAAAGUGGAUAUGAACCCAGAUGCACCCAAAGCGCCGCACAGGACCUAUUGGGGCGAUGUCGAACGAAUCUACAAAAAGUGGAACGACAUCAAAGUCGCCGAGAUCGCGGGUAGUUGUCAAGUCGCAGAAGGCCAUGAAGAAGGAGGUCAUACUUCCGUGAUCAAUGGACUGCCCUUGGUGCUUGGUUUUCUCCCGACCAGGGACGAGAUCUCGUCGUGGGAAUUGUUCAAAGCGAGCCUAGCCUUCCGCGAACAUCAUGCGCAAAACUCGACGUUUGUGUGGCAGAUGGCCGGGGAGCAACUUGCGAUUAUCAAGAGCUAUGGAACCCAUGCCGCUGGAGGUUUGCCGGUGUCCGUAAGGCUCGAGACAUACCGCGCGCUGAGACUGAACAAGAGGGCGGUCAAGCAGUUGACCGCAAGUGCCGUGGUCACACGCCCGCGGCGUCACGCAGCAAGGCAAGGCCGGUAUCCGGCUGGUGGAUACAGCGACAGUACUGACGACGAUAGCGGGAGCGAUGGGACAGAGGCCACGCCGCUUUAUGAGCUGGAGUAGGCAACUCACAGCCAAUGGAGUUUUGAGGAACCAGUUCGUUUCCUGAUCUCGAUGAAAAGCUCCUGCAGUAAAGGUCGCGCCUCAUCAAUAAUGCGUAUCUAUUAA